GCUCCGGCCGCGGUGCGCUUUGGCAGUCGGUCAAGUGCUUGGCAGCGUCACGUUUACGGCCUCACGCGUGUGUUUAGGGCAUUUAUGCGAUAGCUGUGGUCCCUCAAGUUGUCUCAAGUUGUGAGAGCCUGAAACCCGCCAGGAGAGCGCGGGGUUUUCGGCCUUUUAUCGACGGCUGUAACCGUCGGGGGGCGUUCGAGAGGGGUCCUGGCUACUUUUAUGUGGCUCCGAGGUCCUCAUAGCACUGCCAACAUCGCCGGUCUGCUUUGGCUUGCAAUUUCACGCGCCCAGUUAUAAUUGACUGGCGCGCUGAGUAGAUCAAGCAACCACUGCACGCACAAACUUUUGCUUCGGCAAGAGUCCCGCUUGUCCCGCGCGCCCCAGACGCCGCAAACAGCACCAGAGCGCACAACCCUGCACCAUGGGCAAAACACCGGAAGAAAAAGCCGCGAAGAAGGCGAAGAAGGCCGCGAAGGCCGCGAAGCUCGCGGCGAAGGCCGGCGGCGACGCCACGCCGCCGCUGAGCCCCGCGGACGAGAAGGCCGCGCGUAAAGCGGCAAAGAAAGAAAAAAAACGCAAGGCCGCCGAGGCCGAGGCCGCCGCCGCCGCGCCCCCGGCCGACGACAAGGCCGCGCGCAAAGCCGCGAAGAAGGCGAAGAAGGAGGCCAAGGCCGCGGCGGCGGCCGCCGAGGCGCCCGCGGCCGAGCCCGCCGCGGCGCCGCCCACGCCCACGAACGGCGACGAGGUCAAGAGCGUCUUCUGCACGAACCUCGCGUGGGCCAUCGACGACGACGCGAUCAAGGCCCAUUUUUCAGAUGCGGGCGACAUCCUGCGCAUCAAGUGGAUCGAGGAUAGAGACACGGGCAAAUUCAAGGGCAUGGGCGUCCUGGAGUUCGCCGAUGCGGCGACGGCGUCGAAGGCCGUCGAAAUGAAGAACGAGACUGAAGUCCUAGGGCGGACGAUGUACUGUCGACUCGACAAGCCGAAGCCCAAGAGUGACCGACCGGUCAGGCAGCCCAAGGCCAAGCCGGAGGGGUGCUGCAAGCUGUACUGCGGCAACCUGUCGUACGAUAUUGAUGAUGCCGCUCUCCGAGCGUUCUUCGAGCCUUUGGCGCUGUCGGCCAUAAGAUGGGUGACGGACCGCGAGACCGGCGAUUUUAAAGGAUGUGGGUUUGCCGAGUUCGCGUCCACCGAGGACGCGGACCAAGCCUUCCUCAAACAAGGCCAGGUCCUCAUGUCGCGGCCGGUGCGCUUGGACUGGGCCGAGGACAAGCCCAAGAAGUGGGAGCAGUAGUAGUUC